AUGUGGCUGAGUAUCGACUAUCGACUCUUAUCAGUGAGAGGAGCCACAGUUGGAUUUGGAGACUUGAAAUCCCCAGACACGACAUUGGAUUAUGUUAUCGUCUUGGCCGAGUACCGAGAAGUAGAUUAUUGUCACUAUGUACAGAGUACUGCAGUCUGCAUGAAGCCUUAUUGUGUAUCCUCUACAAAACAAACUUUUAAUCCUCAAUUUCUUUGUCUAUCCUUGGCCUCUUGCACCCAAGAAUACCAAUACCAUCCAUUCAUCCUAUUACCGAUCGUUUAUCGAUCGUUUAUCGCUCAACUUGAUAUCAAAACCCUCCAGAUUAAAUCCUAUGCUGCAGCUCAAAAGCUCUAG